AUGUACACACUCUUUUACGCCAGUCUUCUGGCUACCGGAUUCGUUGCGACGACUGUCAGCGCUGCUCACCAUGGACAUCACCAUAACUUGCAUGAGGAGAAGAGAGAGAUCAUGACCAAGUGGGUUUCGCCUGUGCCGGUCUUCAAGCCUACUGGAUCGAUAAGCACAUCGAUUGCCUCGAACACUACAUCGCUCGUCUUCUCGACGAGCACUAGCAUUCAACCCGCGACAGCAUCGAUAAACAGCACCACGAGCUCCAGCACUAGCACCCAGCCAACGACAUCAUCUACAACAUCGUCGUCCUCAUCGUCUGUCCCGCCACCACCAUCAACGACGUCUACGACAUCUUCUACUUCGUCUUCGGCUUCCUCGUCUACUCCUCCACCUCCCUUGACCACGUCCUCGACAAGUAGCUGGGUGCAGACGAGCUCCUGGGUCCCACCUCAAGCGUACUACGCAUCCUCAAGCUCUUCGGCAGCUCCAUCAUCAAGUGCUGCUCCCUCCUCCUCAGCCGCUCCGUCAUCAAGCGCUGCACCCAAGCAAUCCGGUAGCUCCUCCUCCGGCAGUAUCUCCACCAACGGCAACCAAUGGGCCAUGGCUUACACCCCCUACGCCAAUGACGGAACCUGCAAAUCCGCCAGCACCGUCGCCUCUGACAUUGCGGACAUCAAAUCCAAGGGCUUCACCAGCGUCCGUCUCUACGCAACAGACUGCUCUGGACCCCAGAAUGUCGGUUCAGCGGCCAAGGCCAAUGGUCUCAAGAUGAUUCUCGGUAUCUUCAUCGAUGGUUCAGGUAUUGGAAGCAAGACGAACGACCAGAUCAGCACUCUCACCCAAUGGGGGCAAGGACAAUGGGAUAUGGUUGGAAUGGUCGUCUUCGGCAACGAGGCCAUUUUUAACCAAUAUGCUUCCGCUUCCGCUCUGGCGGCAGGAAUUUCGGACUGCAAGAGCAAGUUCCAGGCUGCUGGGUACAAUGGCCCUGUCACCACGACCGACACAGUCGAUGCUAUCACCACCAACGCCAACACCAUCUGCCCUGUCGUCGAUGUGAUCGCGGCGAACAUCCACCCCUUCUUCAACGGCCAGACAGUCGCCUCCAAUGCUGGUGACUUCGUGGCCUCUCAACUGAGUAUGUUGGCCGGAAGCUGCAACAACCAGAAGCAAGCUUAUAAUAUGGAGACGGGCUGGCCAAGCCAAGGCGGCUCGAGUGGCGUCGCUAUCCCCGGUCUCAACGACCAGAAGACGGCUAUCAACAGUAUCUUGUCAAAGGCCGGAUCGAGGUCGGUCAUGUUCUCUUACCAGAAUGAUAUGUGGAAGGCUCCAGGUAGCUUGGGUGUGGAGCAGUACUGGGGCUGUGCGGACUUGUUCAGUGGGUAG